UCCGUGCAUCUUUAUUUCAAUCAAAUCAUCAUCAUGACUACUACGGCUCCAGUUCCAAUGGAAGUAAAUGAGCAGGAUGAUGCAGUGGGUGAAGAAGUGUUACGUAUGUCCACUGAUGAAAUUAAUAGUCGCACAAGGCUUAUGGAUAAUGAAAUUAAGAUCAUGAAGAGUGAAGUUAUGAGAAUAUCUCAUGAACUGCAAGCCCAGAAAGAAAAGAUUAAAGAAAACAAUGAAAAAAUUAAAGUUAAUAAAACAUUACCAUAUCUUGUCUCCAAUGUUAUUGAGCUUCUUGAUGUUGAUCCUCAAGAACUUGGAGAAGAGGAUGGUGCUAAUGUAGAUUUGGAUUCACAGCGGAAAGGAAAAUGUGCAGUGAUAAAAACCUCAACUAGACAGACUUAUUUCUUGCCUGUGAUUGGUUUAGUUGAUGCUGAAAAACUGAAACCUGCAGAUUUAGUUGGUGUUAACAAAGAUUCAUAUCUUAUCUUGGAAACCUUACCACAAGAGUAUGACUCUCGUGUCAAGGCUAUGGAAGUGGAUGAAAGACCAACUGAACAGUACAGUGAUAUAGGUGGAUUAGAUAAGCAAAUUCAAGAGCUUAUUGAAGCUGUUGUUCUGCCUAUGACACAUAGAGAGAAAUUCGAAAAUUUGGGUAUCCAACCACCUAAAGGUGUUCUUUUAUAUGGACCUCCUGGAACAGGAAAGACAUUAAUGGCUCGAGCAUGUGCUGCUCAAACAAAAUCGACUUUCUUGAAAUUGGCUGGACCUCAACUUGUACAGAUGUUUAUUGGUGAUGGAGCUAAGUUGGUCCGAGAUGCAUUUGCUUUAGCCAAAGAAAAGGCACCUGCAAUUAUAUUUAUUGAUGAAUUAGAUGCUAUUGGUACAAAACGAUUUGACAGUGAAAAAGCUGGUGAUCGUGAAGUACAGAGAACUAUGUUGGAAUUACUGAAUCAACUUGAUGGAUUUAGCUCAAGUACAGAUAUUAAAGUUAUAGCAGCAACAAAUAGAGUGGAUAUACUUGAUCCUGCUCUUCUCAGAUCUGGUCGAUUAGAUAGAAAGAUUGAAUUCCCUCAUCCUAAUGAAGAAGCUAGAGCUCGUAUAAUGCAGAUUCACUCCAGAAAGAUGAACGUAGAUCCUGAUGUAAAUUUUGAAGAAUUAGCCAGGUGUACAGAUGAUUUUAAUGGAGCCCAGUGCAAGGCUGUUUGUGUUGAAGCGGGAAUGAUUGCUUUAAGAAGAGGAGCAACUGUUGUAACUCAUGAAGACUUCAUGGAUGCGAUUUUAGAAGUUCAAGCUAAAAAGAAAGCUAAUUUGAACUAUUAUGCAUAAAUAUGUCAUUUAUAAAAUAACUCACCGUAUAAAAUGUUUCGUGUUCUCAUGUUUUGGUUUUUCCAUAUCUGUGGAAUAAAUGGAAUUCUAUUUUCAGCUUGGUGUAUUUCUACUUCAUAUUUGAUUGUUACAUCUGUGUAGUUUUUACUAUAAUAAAAUAGUUUAUAACAAUAGUA